AUGCGUGUCCUUCCAAUUCUCUACAAUCUUUUCGCAUCUUCAGUAAUCGCGCGUUCCUCAAGUCCCCCGGCGAAAGGAGAUAAGGAAGCAAAAGAAGCUGCGGAGUGGGUUGAGCCAACGGCAGAUCCGACAAUAUUCAACGGCGUAGAGGUACCGCCUUUGCUGGAUAUAGAAGGAGAGAAGUUCAAUGAAACUGUUGCGGACGGCUGGUGGUUUGUGAAACAUCACUCGCCGUACUGUCCUCACUGUCUCCAUGUCAAGCCGACGUGGCAGACCUUGUAUGAAUAUUACUUCACUUCAAAACCUGUGUCGGCUGGAUCCUCUGCAGAUACCUCUUCGUCCUCUCUCAACUCAUUUACUGCCUACUACAACUACCAUUUUGCAAAUCUCGACUGUAUUGCAUUUGGAACAGCUUGCACGGAUCACAAGGUCAAAUCAUUUCCAACAUUCGUCCUCUUCCACGAUGGAGUGGAAGUCACGCGGUGUGAGGGAACCAGGGAUAUCCAGGGUCUGAGCCAAUAUGUCGAGGACGCUCUGGAAAAAAUCCGCCCAGGGUCUCGGCCAGUGGAAGGCCCCGACUUGCCAGCGACAGGAGAUAAGAGUUCCAAGGAUCACCAGGCCCCGGGGACCGGUAAUGCGUCUGCUGCGACGAAACCUGCCCCUGCUGCCACGGAGGCAGCUGGUCCUACAGAAGUUUCUGUCCCUGAGAGUCGUGCAAAGCAGACGAUAUUGCCCGCAUCUGAGAGCCAUGUGGUUAAGGAGGCGGCCGAGACCCCCAGCUCGGUCGUCACGACGCCAAAUCCGGUCGAACAGCCGCCCAAGAAGCCUUUGGCGCCAGCGAAGCCGACUUCUACCCCAAAUACGCUCGGGAAAUCUAUUUCCUUCACAGCCGAAAGUUUCCAGAAACAAGUGACCAUGACUCAAGAUCCCUGGUUCAUAAAAUUCUACGCCCCAUGGUGCCACCACUGCCAAGGGAUGGCCCCAUCUUGGGUACAACUCGCCAAAGAGAUGCAGGGCAAAUUAAAUGUGGGAGAGGUCAACUGUGAUAUCGAGUCAAGACUCUGCAAGGACGUCCGGGUCCGUGGGUAUCCUACGAUCCUGUUUUUCCGAGGUGGAGAGCGUGUGGAAUAUGAAGGUCUCCGUGGCUUGGGCGAUUUCGUUUCUUACGCCUCCAAAGCUAUCGAUGUCGGAGAUGGAGUGAAGGAUAUUGAUGCUUUGGAGUUCAAAGAACUAGAGGAGAAAGAAGAGGUCAUUUUCCUCUAUUUCUAUGACCAUGCCACUACAUCCGAGGAUUUCGCUGCUUUGGAGAGGCUCACAAUGAGUUUGAUCGGCCACGCAAAAUUGGUGAAGACCAACAGUGCGACGUUGGCCGAGCGCUACAAGAUAACAACUUGGCCGAGGCUCCUUGUCUCCCGAGACGGACGACCAACGUACUACACAGCUCUUUCCCCGAAAGACAUGCGAGACUUUAGACAAGUCCUCAAUUGGAUGCAGUCUGUCUGGCUACCAAUUGUUCCAGAGCUCACAGCUUCCAACUCCCAAGAGAUCAUGGAUGGUAGGCUGGUAGUGUUAGGUAUACUCUCUCGUGAGCGUUCUGAUGAGUUUAUAAUGGCCAAGAAGGAAAUCAAAAGCGCGGCGUUGGAAUGGAUGGACAAGCAGACCAUUGCGUUCCAACGUGAGCGUCAAGAACUACGUGACGCCAAGCAAUUAAGAAUCGAGGAAGCCGAGGACCGCGACGACCAAAGAGCAUUGAGAGCGGCAAAGAGCAUCCGUAUCAAUAUGGACGAGUCCGACCAGAAGGAGGUCGGCUUUGCCUGGGUGGACGGCGUUUUCUGGGAAAGGUGGAUUCGAACCACCUAUGGUAUCGAAGUCGCCAAAGAUGGCGAGAAAGUCAUUAUAAACGACGAAGACCAACGAAGAUACUGGGACACCACUUCCACCGGCAACUCUAUCAUGGCAUCCCGCACGUCCAUCCUCGAGACGUUACCCAAGGUCGUCUCCUCGCCCCCCAAGAUCAAACCCAAGUCGACGAUCUCCAAGUUCGAAAAGUUUUUCUUCGACAUCCGAGGUGCCCUUUCAAGGCAUCCCUUCCUAUCCGUCUGCCUCUUCGUCGGCAUCUUGGGCGGAGUGUGGUGGAUGAAGGGCCGGACGCGGAGGAGCCGCGGGGGCUUCCUCCGACUAGAUGAGAAGGAAGGGUUGUUGGGAGGACCUGCCGCGGUCGGGAAGGUGGACUGA